UAAUUCGAUUUACUGCUUUCCGAACAAUAGAUUGGAAGUUAUGGAAGCCGAUGAAGAGACGAAAGUAGCGUCGUCGGCAUCACCGCACGGUGGAGCUCGAGUCGGCGAUGGUGAUGGCGAUGGAAGAGUUGAUGGACUUGCGGAUGCUGCGAGGACGACGGUUUUGUCGGAUCAAAAUGGGAUUUUAAAAGCGCUUCAAGUCAUAGAGAAAGAUUCCUUUGCAAUCGCCGAAAGCUAUACCUCUCUCUUCACUUCUCUCCGUCUCGCACUCUCUGAGAUAACUGGAAGUUCAGCUGAUCAUAUGCAGUGUUUUGUUGAUGCUGCAGGGCGUGUUCAGGAAUGUGCACUUGAUGCAGCAACAAAGGGAAAUCGGCACAUAAAUUCCUGUCUCAGAUUGAACGAAGAAAUGAAAGGCAUCGACCCUUUAGCAAAUCAAUUAAAGGUAUUGAAGAGGAAUGUGGAUGUUCUAGACUCCGCUGUCAAUAAGCUCCUUCGACUGCCAUGAUCCAUUAAUAGAGCACCCGAGAGAAAUCUUGUUAAUCGUAUUGGAUAUUGAAUCUGUCGUGAAUUAACUAUAUGUUGGAAAUGAACAAUCAUUUGGAGCGCAUUUCUGGUAAAAUAUCAUUCAUUGUUAUUAUGCUGUUUUAAUUUGAUAUUUAUACAAGUUAAAUUAAUAUAACAUGGUUCUUACG